CCUUUCUUCAGUUUUUUUUUUGUUGAAUAAUCAUAUAGUGCUCCGUAAAUCCGUAACAAUCAACCUCCAUACCUUCCAUCUUCCCUCUCUCCCUGUAUCUGCAAGAACCCAGCCGCCUUUAUUUCAGGUUCGUUUCUUCCACUGCAGUUAGCUACAAGAGCUUAUUGCAGAUUCAGUUCUAGUAAGACUUACUUUUGGCCUGUUAAAUUCAAAGAUUUGUCGGUCGGGUUCUGGAUUGUUGAAGUUUUCCAAUCUGGGUCGGUUGGAUUUGAGAAUAUUCUUGAUCUUCUUGUAAUUGAACACCAAGUGUUUGAUGAUUUGGGCCACUGGUCGAAUUCCUAUGUGUCUUUUGGUUCUCUAUGAUGCUUCCAUACGUUAAAAUUAUGAUUCUUUUUUGGAAACUUGAAGUUGGGAUGAUGUGUUCUCUCCUGUUUGAUAGCUAAAUUUGGAAACUGAGGUUGAAUUCUGGAGGAAAUUUGGAAGAAAUUUAAGUUCUUUAUAUACUUCUGUGGUUUCAUUGCUAAGGUUGUUCAUUUCUAAGGGCGGGCCUGAUUGCUAAGGUUGUUCAUUUCUUCUUGCCCUAUUUCAUGGGCAUAUCUGAAAAUCAAACUUUGCUAUAAGUCUGUUGACUAAACAUCGAAGGCUGACUCAGACAGUUGAGGGACCUGCGAUGCAAAAGCUGUUUUUUGGAAAAAGAAAAUGAAGCAUUCACUCUGAGCUUUUCCACGAAUGGCGCUUGCCGUAUCGAGUUUUCUGUUAUUUGCCCUAUUGCCAAGAAUUGUAUCUUCCGAGUUGGUAGAACAUUCUAAACUUUGUGGGACGUACCACGUCAGCUAUUCGGAUGAUCUUCAUCAUGAAUUGUUUUAUGUAAAUGGGGAAUUAUUUGACAAACAUUCAUUCUGCAAAGCUCUUGUGAUUGAUUCUGCAAACCGUUGCUUUAGUGCUGGAAAUGUUGGAUAUCAGCAGUGUGGGCUGGUUCUCUCACCAGAUGAGUUUACUUCUAGCUCAGGAAGAAAGUUUCUACAUAACACUUUGAAGGAAGGGUCAGGGCCUCAUGUUUUUGUUAAAAAUGAGAUGGUGGAAAAGAGGGAUUCGCAAAGCAACUCUCUCUUAACCCCAAAAAGGGUGGCUUUUGCAAUGUCAGGAAUUCUUGUUUUAUGUUGUGUUGUGCUUUGCCCUUGUUUGCAAGCUAAGAGGAAGGAAACUUCUGGUUCUGUUCGUUCUAAUGACCACAUUUUAGUGGAUCCAUCAGUUCCAUCAGAAUCGAGCUCUGUUCAUGAAAAAGUGCCGCAGAGUCCAUUACGGAUCCCACCAAGUCCUUCUAGAUUUACACCGUCACCAGGACUUGACAGAAUUGGAUCUGUUCAUUUGAAUCUGUCUCAGGCUCUCAAAGUCACACAAAAUUUCUCCCCGGCAUUGAAGAUAGGCGAGGGUGGCUUUGGGACAGUCUACAAGGCCCAACUAUCUAAUGGUCCAUGUGUUGCCAUUAAACGUGCAAAAAGGGAGCAUGUUGAUGCUUUGACUGAUGAAUUUAAAAGUGAAGUUGAGCUUCUAGCAAAAAUUGAGCAUCGCAAUCUUGUUAAGCUGCUUGGUUAUGUUGACAAAGGGAUGGAACGUCUCAUUAUCACAGAGUUUGUGCCAAACGGUUCACUUCGAGAGCAUCUAGAUGGUUUGCGUGGAAGUAUAUUGGAUUUUAAUCAGCGACUUGAGAUUUCCAUUGAUGUUGCUCACGCCCUAACUUAUCUUCACUUAUAUGCUGAGAAGCCAAUUAUCCAUAGAGACGUGAAGUCAUCCAAUAUUCUCUUAACGGAGAGUAUGCGGGCCAAGGUUGCAGAUUUUGGAUUCGCAAGGCUGGGCGAUACAGACAGUGACAAAACACAUUUCUUAACCAAAGUCAAGGGAACCGUUGGUUACCUUGACCCGGAGUACAUGAAGACGUAUCAACUCAGCCCAAAGAGUGAUGUGUACUCAUUCGGGGUUUUGUUGUUAGAAAUCCUAACUGGUCGCCGGCCUGUGGAGUUGAACAAUCAUCCUGAUGAGAGAGUGACACUCAGAUGGGUGUUUCAGAAGUUUAAGGAAGGGGACGUGACGGGCAUGUUGGACCCUUCUUUGAGGGGAAGGGUAGACAGGGAGAUAAUGGUGAGGAUGUUUGAGUUAGCCAUCCAAUGUGCAGCGCCUACCCGGGCUGACCGCCCGGACAUGAGGACCAUUGCCGAGCGGUUAUGGGCCAUUAGAAUGGACUACUCGAAGAGAGGACGAAGGGACUAAACACAUCUCCCAAAUCUUUGUGCCUUAUUAUUCUCAUAAAUAAAAAGAAAGAGAUCAUUUGUGAAGAAGGGUUUUGAUCCGUGCUACCAAGUAGGGGUAAGAAGGUACACGUAUACACUAUCCCCAUACCCUACUUCUUAUGUGGUUUCACUGAGUUCGUUUGAUAUUGAUUCGUGCUAGCUAUCGUUUGUUGUACCAUAGUAGGGGUAUUGAUUCAUGCUAGUCGUCGGUUGUUGUACCAUUUGUGAAAAUGGGUAUUGAUUUCUGCUUGAUGUCUCUCUACUACAAAGUAGGAGUAGGGUCAGCGUACACACACUUUUCCCAGUUCCUUUUACUAGAUUUUAAUUAUUCCGGUAAAUAAAAAAUGCGAUAUCAUUUGUGAAGAAGGGUAUUGAUUUGUGUUAGCUGCCUCUCCACUACCAAGUAGGGGUAAAGUCUGCGUACACAGUCUCUUUAGACCUUACUUUUAAUAGUUGUAUUUUACUAGGCGUGUUGUUUGUUUGGUAUUGAUUCGUGCGAACCAUCGGUUAAUGUACCAUAUGGAUUAAGAGAUGUUCUUGAAUGAGAGUGUCAUUAAGGCCUCUUUAUUAGGUAAUUAAUUGAGAACUUCUCCACAAAUUCACGAUGUAUGUAGAUGCUGAUAAUACUCAUUGUGUUGUAGCAGCUCAAGUUGCACACUUGUACACU